ACCGCCGGAAGCGCGCGCGGCGCGUGUCGCACCCAAUGGAGUCCGGAGGAUUUUGCCUCAGAGACCAGGUGGCGCCGAUACCACCCGUGUCCCUGACCCGGACUCCGCGGGGGCGGCAGGUGGAGGAGAAAACCCGACGCAGGACUAGAGUCGGAGCCGCUGCCGGAGCGAGAUGGAUAAUACAGUGGUAAUUUACAAAUGAAAGAAAAUCUGGAUCAUUUCUGCAAAAUGCAACAAAGCCUGCAUUUUCACCAAGAGUGACGGAUGCAUCAUCCAUUGUGAUCGAAACAAGUUUCUUGACUGGAAUGAUUUUCUCAAGUUUCCAGGUGGACUUACUGAUUCCUAAAUGACUUGGCACCUGCCUGUUUGAAAGACACUUUUCAAUCCUGUGUCAUACUGCUACAACUGUGGUUGGUGGAUAACUUGUGAGCUUCAAUGAGAUGAUACAUAAAAAUGAAUCCUGUACUUCAGGGCAGGUACCUAUGAGCUAUUUAUGCUGCCUGGUUUACAUAUUGGAAGAAUGGACUGGUGUGGAGUACCUUGAGGACUAUCUGAAUUAUGUGGCCUACCUUUUAUGGGUGUUUACUCCACUCAUAAUAGUUUUUAUACUUCCUGGACUUAUCCUCCUCCUCCUCUACAUUUCCAUUAUUUUUCUUUAUGUUUAUAAGAGGAAGAAUGAACUAAAAGAGGCUUAUUCCAAUGAUAUCUGGGAUGGUGCAAGGCAAAUGGUGGCAACUUUAUGGGAUGGACAUGCAAGAAUAUGGCACGGUUAUGAGGUUCAUGGUCUGGAAAAAAUACCAGAAGGGCCUGGCCUUGUUGUUUUUUACCAUGGCGCAACUCCUGUAGACUAUUUCUACUUCUUGGCUAAACUCCUUAUACAGAAGAACAGAAUGUGCUAUACAGUAGCUGAUCACUUUGUCUUUAAAUUACCAGGUUUUAAACUUUUACUUGAUGUGUUUGGUGUUAUGCAUGGACCAAAGGAAGAAUGUGUUAAAGCUCUGAAGAAUGGCCACUUGGUGGCUAUCUCGCCAGGUGGAGUUAGAGAAGCACUCUUUAGUGAUGAAACCUAUGUUCUUGUAUGGGGUAAUCGUACGGGCUUUGCUCAGGUGGCCAUUGAUGCAAAAGUGCCCAUCAUUCCUAUGUUCACACAAAAUGUUCGGGAAGGAAUUAGGACAUUAGGAGGAAUAAGAUUAUUUAGGUUGAUAUAUGAACGUCUUCGAUUACCACUCGUUCCUAUAUACGGAGAGUUUCCAGUCAAAUUUCGUACAUACAUUGGAGAUCCGAUUCCAUAUGAUCCAAAUAUAAAUGCUGCAGAACUGUCUGGAAAGGCAAAGGCUGCAAUCCAGUCUUUAAUAGACAGACAUCAGAAAAUACCAGGAAAUGUAUUUAGGGCUUUAAUGGAACGAUUUGAGACACAGCAGAAAGAAGACUAGUGUGUGGUGCAUAACAAACUACACAUUUACUUGUAAUAUUUUCAAAACUGUUUGUAACUUAUAUUAUUAUCCUCAAAAUUGAUUAUUACAUGCAUUGUCUUAAUGAUAUUUCUUUUUUAACGCAGAUGUUUUCUGUAUAGUUUAACAAGAGCUGUGAACAAUGAUGAUUUUUUUCUCCCUCAGUGACCACUAUCAAACUUGAGCCCAAACUUGCAGUUUUACUCAGGUAAAAAUCUGACUAAAGUAAUUCGCUUUCAAGUGCAGUUCUAUAUUGAAAAAUAACUUAGUGAAAAUGACAUUGGAGGCUUCCAUAAUCAUGGUCUUUCGAUAAUUUUAUCUCAAAUUUGCAGGUACAAAAAGUGUUUUGUCUAACUGCUGAGCCUCAUGGCAGAUUCUGACAUACAAGCUAGAUUAUUUCUAUCUAAAUACCAACACCAGUAAUGGAGGUUCUUCCAACCAAAUAAAGCCCUGAACUACACUUGUGAAAACCCAUUUUUUUUAGAUUAUGCCCUUGGCUACAUCUGUACAAACUUAAAUUACAUUCAAAGGUGUUGGCAUAGACAGGUGUAGCUAGUCACCUAGCUUUACAUGCGGAACCUGUAGUCCUGGUGGUAAUGCUUCAGCUGGAAGGUAUCCAGCUUUAUUGUUGGAGCCCAGAAAGAGUUUGUGGGGCUGGAGCUUUAUUAGAAGGAAAAAAAAAAAAAUCCUCCUCCCUCCCCCCAAGAAACUGAGCAAACUUCUUACAGAAACCAGUAAGACACAAUACAUAUGGAAUCCCAUAAUGCUAUUUUGAUGAUGUCAUUUUUCAGGGUAAAACCACAUGUUUUUUUUUGUCCCUGACUAAAGACAGUAGCCACAUAAAUCUGUGAACAGAAAACCAGAUUUUCUGGCACAGUGAACUGAAUGCCUAAUGUUUCAGGAAGAAGGCAUGAGUAAUAUUCAAAACUGCAACAGUCAGAAUUUUUAAUUA